AUCAUCUUGGAUUCUGAACAACAUAUGUGAUGUCUUAUAUUCUACAUAAGGUAUUUGUCUAAUAUUUUUGUUACGUGUUUUGCCUACAUCAAAUCAAGCUACAAAAAAAAGCAUGUCUCAAAAAGCCAUGUUAGGUAUGCGUAACGCUGGAGAAGAAUAUGAAGAAUAGUUGUUGAUUCAAUCUUUUGUUUAUUAAUUACUAGCUUUCCGCCAGCGACGUCGCCCGAGUGGUUCUUGUAUUAUACAUAAAAACCUUCCUUUUUCAUCACCCUAUCUAUGAAAAAAAACCGCAUCAAAAUCCAUUGCAUAGUUUUAAAGAUUUAAGUAUACAUGGGGAUAUAGGGACAGAGAAAAAGACUUUGUUUUAUACUAUGUAGUGACAGACAUUGUAUAUAAGCAUAAAGUAUUUCGGAAGUUAUUUUGAAUAUUGUAUUUGAAAUACAAAAACUAUUUUGUACUUCAAAUAGUAAAUCUAAAGAGUAUUGCGACUACGGCAACUUUAAUACUUUCUUGCGUUUAUGCGGUCUUGGUAUAAUAUACGUUCAGUUUCGACCGCCCGACAGGUGGUGGGUGUGAUAUGCAAACUUGUUGAAUUUACCGUUCGUAAAAUCCAGAAUGGUUUUGUUACCUAACUUAUAAGAUUUAAAAAGUUAUAUUUUUUUCUAGUACGGUAAAUGGAGAAAAUACGAUAUCAUCUGGUGAAACCCUAGAAAUCCCGAUAAAAGUAGCUGAUUGUGCUAUAAAUUAUAUUGAGCACGUUGAAUUGAUUGUAAAUGUUCGAUAUAGUCGACGAGGAGCUCUGGAAAUUAAUCUCACGUCGCCACGAGGUAAAUUAUACUUUAAACUGCGCUCUUGAUAAUAUUUAUGUAUUUUUUUUCCCUGACUAUUACAGUCAGAAAAGAAGGGUGUUUUAGAAUAUAUGUUUGUUUGUAAUUUGUUGUAGGUACUAAAGUGCCACUUCUAAGCGCACGAUUAAAAGACACGUCUUCUAAUGGAUUUAUGAAUUGGCCAUUAACGUCGGUUGCAACGUGGGGUGAAAGUUCGAAUGGAAUUUGGAAGGUUACCUUUUUAGAUGAAACCGAUGAACAUAACUCCGGUGAAGUAGGUCCGCUACGUUUAGUUGUUCAUGGGACUCAUCAAAUGCCAGAUCAUAUGCGCAAAGGGCCAAGAAAAUAUACGCAUGAUGACUAUAAUAACUAUGAAAUAUUUAAAUUAUUCGACAACAACGUAUUCGAGAAUGAGAAUCUGGAUUCUGAUGAUAACAAUGUACCAGAGGAACAUGAAACAGAGCAAGUUGAUUUUAAUGAAAUUGAUUCCACAAUAUUAGCCGAAGUGGAACAAGAAUUAAAAAGGAUACACCAUAGAAUGGUGUUUGAUGGAUAACUACUUACGUCAAAUUAACUAAUGUUGUGUGUUAUUAUCAAUACAA